AUGCGAUUCCUGCUUUUCCUCCCAUUUCUGUAUGCGAGUCUCGUGAGUUGUCCCCCUCGGAUCUCCGCAUUUCCCUCCCGUUUUCCAGUGUCCGAUCGACUGCCUCACCCCGGGCGAGAACUGUGAAAUGUGUCAAAUUGUGCUCCGAACCGUCUACGGCCAUUUCUCUGCCAACGUUCCGUCGCGAAAGAAGCUGGUGAAUCAGCUGAAGCACGAGUGCAAACGGCAUUUCAAUGCGAGUUGACCUCCUUUUCUCUCCGCUUACUCCUCCGUCAUUUCAGUAUCGUCGCCGGUGUCUAAUGGCGGUCAAGGACCAGGGAGACUUCCUUUAUCGCGAGAUGACCGGCGGAGAAUUCAAACCGAUCAAACCGUGCUUUAUUAUGAAAGUGUGUCUUCCCGUUCCCACCAAUUUCCCAUCGAAUCGUUUCAGGAAUGCAAACGACUGCAGUCCCCGCUGCCGGAGGACUUCCUGCCGGAUAACUCCACUUAUCCGCCGAUUCUCGAUUCGACGCUCCCCGAUCCUUUGGAACUUCCGACCAUUCCUCCUCCGGAUGAUCAGUCUUGA